UCGAAUGCAAGAGAGGGACGAAAGAAGGAGCUGCAGAAGGAAAAUGGCUGACAGAUUCUCUCGCUUCAACGAGGAUCGUGAUUUCCAGGGCGGAAAUCACUUUGAUCAGUAUGAAGAAGGCCAGCUGGAGCUGGAACAGGCCUCCCUGGACAAGCCCAUAGAAUCGCAAAUUGGCCCCAAUUAGCUAAGCAGCUAUGACCCGCCCAGUUUUUAAAGCCAGGAUAACAUCGGGCACCGGCUCCUACAGAAACAUGGCUGGAAGCUUGGACAGGGGCUGGGCAAAACCAUGCAGGGCCGGACCGACCCCGUGCCCAUCAUCCUCAAAUACGACGUCAUGGGAAUGGGACGCAUGGAGAUGGAGCUGGACUAUGCGGAGGACGCCACAGAGAAGCGCAGAGCGCUGGAGGUCGAGAAGGAGGACACGGAAGAGCUGCGGCAGAAGUACAAGGAUUACGCUGAGAAAGAGAAAGCCAUCGCCAAAGCUCUGGAGGACCUAAGGGCCAACUUUUACUGCGAGCUAUGUGACAAGCAGUACCAAAAACACCAGGAGUUUGACAACCACAUCAACUCUUAUGACCACGCUCACAAGCAGAGGCUGAAGGAGCUGAAGCAGCGGGAGUUUGCGCGGAACGUGUCGUCGCGCUCCCGCAGGGAUGAGAGGAAGCAGGAGAAGCUGCUGCGGCGGCUGCACGAGCUCGCAGAGCAGAGGAAGCAGCAGGACUGCACCCCUGGUAGCGGCCCCAUGUUUAAGCCUACCACUGUGGCAGUCGACGGGGAGAACAAUGAGGAGGGUGCCCCCAACACUGAGGGAGUGCCCAUGCCUGACUAUGCAGGCGAAGGAUCUCCUGGGGAAGACGCCCUCUCCAACGUGCCGUCACCAAAGCAACCGUCCGCAAUCAGCUUCACUGUGAACAGGAACAGCUCGUCGCCCUCCCCCGCCAUUGCGUUAAUGCCAAAGGUCAGCGUGUCAUUCUCCUUAGCUAAGAAGACCCCUGUCAAACUGGAGACAGCAGCCGCCGUGUUUGCCGACCAUGGGGAAGAGGCCCUGGCAGAGGAAGGCCAGGAGGAGGAGGCUUCAGGGACUCCCAGGGCUGCCAGUACAGAGAGCCCUGGGGCGGAGGAGACGCAGCACCCCGAUGAGGGCAGUUCCCUGGCGUCCACCCUGUCCAAGCUGAAAAUGAUGAUGAAGAAGGACGAGGGCACCCCUGGGAAGGAGCCUCAAUACUACCAUUACAUGCCCCCAGCCCACUGCCGGGUCAAGCCCAAAUUCCAGUUCCUGGUUUUCAUGAAGGCAUCUGAUCAGAGCAGCGGCCACGAGGGGGAGGAGGAGCCUGUGGCAACUACAGCAGACCCUGCAAGCAAACAAGCGGCGGCUGGAGAGACCAAGACAGACAAGGAGUCGAACAAGACUGAGAAAGCACAGGCAGUAGAGCCUGCCCCGUCCACAGUUGAAGUGAAGGUGGAGCAAGCAGCUGAAGGGUCCCCAGCUGCCACCACCCCACCAGCAAAUACGUCUGAAGGCUGCAGCCAGGGCACAGGAGAAACGCACCCAGGCCCCCGUCUCCCCACCACCCCCUUCUUUCCUGUACUAAGUAAAGACGAAAGCACUACCUUGCAGUGGCCCUCAGAGCUGCUAGAGUUCACCCGUGCUCUGCCUUCACUCUCCUACAGCUGCAACCCGCUUUACUUUGACUUCAAGCUCUCCCGCAACAAAGGGGCCCGUCCAGGGAACCACCCCCGCACUGCGGACACAAAUGCCAAGCUGACUAAGACUGACGGGGAGGGCGCAGAUGGGGUCAAACAGGAGCACAUCCAAGGGACCGGUGCGACAGAGACCCCGGGCCCCAGCGCAGACGGGAAAGAGAGCUCCUCUACGGAGGCGGGGGGCGCAGAGGGAGGGAACGGUGACUCGAAACUGCAGAACAGCAGUAGCAAGAAGAAGAAAAAGAAGAAGAAGAAGAAACACAAGAAGUCCAGCAAGCGUUCAAAGCGGAAGGAGAAGGAGAAGGGGGCGGCAGAGGGAGAGAUGGAGACGAAGGUCCCUGGUGAGAAAGCGAAGAAGAAGAAAAAGCACAAGCGGAAGAAAAGCAAGAGCCGAGAAUCAGAGGGGAAGGGUGAGGAGAAGAGAAGGGAGAGGGAGGAAGAUGCGGCGUCACAAGCAGCGGGGGCCUUGGAAGGGUCAGAUUCGGGGAAAAGGAAACGACUCCUGAAGGACGAACCCCAGAAGCCGGGGUCCGAAGAGGGGGAAGGAAGCAGAGGCCCCGAGAAACCUGGCCCCUCAGAGGGGCACAGCAGCACCAAGAGGCAUAAACCCAACCCCGGCGGUGCCGUCCAGCCCGGCAGCAUCGCCUGCGCCCCCGCGUCCUCGGCGCAGAAGCACAGCAGGCAGGCCAGCAGCGAGAGCGAGGACGGGGGCUCCUCGUCCCAGCGCUCCCACCGCAACUCCACACCGCGGCAGCAGCGCCGGCGCUACAGCGAGGACUCGGAGCGCUCCCGCAGCCGCUCGUCCCGCCGCCGGGGGCGCGGGCGCUCCUCCCGCAGCCGCUCCUACUCCAGCAGCUCGGAGCGCUCCUCCGGUGGCAGCAGCCGCUACAGCCGGCACAGCCGCAGCUACUCCGACAGCUACAGCGACUACAGCGACGGCGGCCGCCGCCGCUCCAAGCGCUCGUCUGGCUCCGAGUACGGGCGGCGCGGCCGGCGCCGUGGGUCCCGCCGCCGCCGCUACUCCUCGUCAUCCUCGGAGGCGGAGUCCAGCCGCUCACGCAGCCGCGGCCGCCGGCGCAGGCGCUCGCGGCACCGCCGCAGCAGCUCCCGCAGCUCCUCCAGCUCUGGCACGCCGCGCUCCUGGAGGCGCAGCAGCUACAGCCGCAGCCGCAGCUCGGCCAGCCGCUCCUCCAGCUCUGCCAAGGGCUCCUCCUCCGCCCGCCGCCGCGACUUCAGCCACUCCCGCGUCUACCGCUCGCAGUCGCCCCGCUCCUCCUCCCGCGGGCCCACCCGGAAGGAGCAGUUGCGCAACAGCAACUCCUCCUCCUCGCAGCACAGGGCCGGCCCGGCCAUGGGGGAGCGCAACUCCCUUACCGCCAGGCAGCUGCUAGAGAAGGUCCAGUCCCGCAAGGGCUCGGAGGACACCGCAGCGGGAGCCAAGCCGGGCAUCAAGCUCAAGGACCCUCCGCAGGGGUACUUUGGCCCAAAGCUGCCCCCCACCUUGGGGAACAAAGCCAUGUUGCCCCUCUUUGGGAAGCACCCGAUGGGUAAGAAGUCCCCCCUGCUAUCCCUGCGGAGGCCAGAGGAGGCGGAGAAGGAGGCCGCCGGCCAGAGUGCGGAGGCGGGAGGUGAGGUGAUCCUCGUGGAGCCCAUCCGGGAGUUCCCGCCGCCACCGCCGCCCCCUCCUCAGCCCGCCCAGCAGACUGAAGAGGCCACACAGAAGGUGGAGGUCCAGGAUGUGGCGCAGCUCCCCGCCCCUGAUGCGCAGGCCUUGCCGGAGGCCCAGCUGUUUGAGCGGGAUCCUGCUAUGCUGAUGCAGCCAUACCCAGCCGAGCCUGGGCAGGAGGCACCAAACCCUGUGCUAGAGUCCCUCCUGCCGGACAUGCAGCAUCACGUACCUCCACAACACCCAAUGCACACAUACCCGGGGUACUCUCAUCCCGGGCUGGAGGAAGAGGACAUGGGCAUGGAGGAGGAGGACGACUCUUCGCUGGCUCCCCUGGAGAGCCAGCCCAUCACCUUCACCCCCGAGGAGAUGGAGAAGUACAGCAAGCUGCAGCAGGCCGCCCAGCAGCACAUCCAGCAGCAGCUCCUGGCCAAACAGGUUAAGACUUUCCCCUCGGCAGCCGCCGCAGCAGCGGCCCACGUGGCCACCCUGACGCCGGCGCCGCCGCCUCCCGCCCUGCAGCAGAUCCACAUCCAGCAGCCGGCCGCCUCCCCCUCCGCCACCUCCAUCACCACCGUGCAGCACGCCAUCCUGCAGCACCACGCCGCCACUGCCGCCGCCGUCGGCAUCCACCCCCACGCCCAGCACCCGCACCCACACCAGCUGGCCCAGGUGCACCACAUCCCCCAGCACCACCUCACCCCCAUCUCCCUGUCCCCGCUGGGCCACUCGCUGGGCCACACGCUGGGCCACUCGCUCAUCCCCGCCCACCACACCGCCUUCCUGUCGGGCCAGCCCAUCCACAUCAUCCCCGCCUCUGCUCUCCAUCACACCCCGCUGGCCCUGCACCAUGUCCCGCACACUGCCCUCUACCCCACGCUCUUCGCGCCCCGCCCCAACGCUGCUGCCGCCGCCGCCGCCGCCCUGCACUUACACCCUCUGCUACACCCCAUUUUCUCAGGACAGGACCUCCAGCACCCCCCCAACCAUGGCUCCUGAGGCCGACCUGCGCGUUGGGUUGUCCCGGGGAGUGUGUGCAGCCUCCUACAGUAUGAGCCACACCUGCCCCUGUCUCCUCACACUCUGACAACUGCCAAGCAGAGCAACGGGGGCAGCUUUCCAGCCAAAAGGCAGUGAAACGGACACACCUGGUACUCCGCAAGUGCAGGGCUUGAAAAGUGUAGAAAGUUCUCUUAUUACAGAGCACUACGUAAGCAGGAUGGUACAGUAGUGGGUGAAUUGCAUGGGGUCAGUCACCAUGGUUUGAACGUUAUCUGGAAUGGGCAGCUCACCGCAGGGACUUGAUGUCCCAUCACAAAAAUAACCCAAGUAUGAGCUCCUCCCCCCGAUCACAGUCUCCUCCAGAUUCUGGGCGGGGCCUAAAAACUGGGAGUCUCUGAUGUGGUUGCGGCAUCACACUGAAGAAAACAGGAUGCGCUUUGCAGUGUGUCGCAUGGCAAGCCAGCAAAACCCUGGGCGUGUUUCACUAAACCUGUUGUUAAUAUUGUAAAUUGGUUUGUUUGUUUUUACAGCCAAAGAGACACAAUGGCUGAAGCCAUAAAUUGGGUCUGCUAUGUGUUGAUGCAGGAGUGUAUUCUUUGCAGACUAGGAGUGGCUGUGACUCUGAAAGUAACCAGAAAUCAACCUCUGUAUUGAAGUGUGUGGAAAUAUUUGCGUACCGUAAAUAUUCUACCUGUUACUGACAUCUGCUUUAUCAUUUGUGCAUCUUGCUUUGGUCUUUCUCUUAUUAUACAGCCUGGUCAGUUUCCCUAGGUCCAUUGUGUGAUUUAAAUAUUGUGUAUGUUAGGGGUUGAGUUCCAAAUUUAAAUUUAAUUGGUUACACAAAUCAGCAAGCUACAAAGCUAUCCCAGGGUAUGUACAAACUCUUAAAUAAGCGUGCUUUACAAUGUUGCACACCCUGUAAAUGUUGAGGCUGACAACAAGGGCUCUUUCUGUGCAUAAUUCCAAAAGCACAACAUUGUCAUUGGCGUUACUUUGAGACAGCUCUGCAAUAUCAAACCUGUCCUUCCUUGCCCCUCCUUACACAAAAAUUAUCAAGUCUUUGUCUAGUGUACUUAAAUGCAGACACAGUGUGAUCAAAGGUCAUUGCUCCUGGUCAUUGUGGAACAUUGUGAGAAAUUGCACUGAAAUCUUUACAUUGAGAUGCUGCUUUUGUAGCAUAUAACACUUAUGAUUGUAAUAUACUGCAAUAAUUUUAUUUUUAUUUUCCAGACCACUAUUUGAAAGGAGGUCACAUCUGUUCUCCACUGUAAUUUAGCUCUUGUAAAUAUGGUUAUUGUAGUUAAACUGGCCUAUAAGGUUUAUGGGUUUGUAGGUCCUGUUAAUAUGAAACCAGAACUACAAAAGCAGUGAGAUUAAGGCAAAACACUGAACACAAGCAAAUAUACUAAGCAUGUAUAUUUUAUCAAAACUGGUGUAAUUUUUAGAUUUUCCUGUAUUGUAUAAAAGGAACUUUUUGCAUAUAUGUAUCCUGUAAACAAUGACAAUGGUGUUUUUUUUAUUUAACUAGGUGCAUUGGCAAAUAAAGUGUGCUGAGAUCUGUA